AAUAGGAAGAGUACAAGAUAGAUAAAUAGAUUAUGACACGAGAGAAAUCGUAAAAUAUAUAUUAGCGCGACGUCUAAAAAUGAACUCAUUCACAUUUAUCGAUGUCACAUCGAAACUUGUUGUCUGCCCCUACGUCGAUCUACGUGAUCUACCGAUAAUAAACCAUGUGCAAGUCCGAUUUUAGGCCAAAUCGCCCGAUCGAUAUACGUAUCACAGCCGUUCAUUCAGCUCGCCCGUUGCAUAAUGUGGGAUUUACAUAAAUAGAGCAGUUUCGUGAAUGAAAGCGUCUCGCGACGUCACGAUACCAAAACUCAAUCGACCCGCCACGUCACCUCUGACAAGAUCUUGAUCGAAUAACACAAUCUUCAAUUCAUUCCUCGCAGAUCUCGCACUUCUAGGGUGAUGAAGUAUCUUAUAAAAUGCAUCGUAUCGUAACAGAAAAAAAUGUUCUUUUUGCGAGAGAAAUUUCCACAAAAUUUCGCAACGUUGAUGGACAAUGUUGAUUUUCACAUUGAUCUUAAUCAAAUGUAAGUACGUUUUCAAUAAUAUAUGAACUUCUUAAGAAAUCGAUAUUUCUAAACGUGGAAAAAUUCACAAAUCUCAAUUUUAUAAUUAUUUAAUAAGAUAAAAUACGCAUUCUCGACUUCGAUUACACGCAUGGGGUCAUGCGGAUUACAUGCGCCUAGGCUACUACAACAUUAUUAUUAAUAAAUCCAGCAAGUAUAUGGCGUUCUGUAAGAGUCUAUGACGCUUCGUAAGAGUUACAUCGGGAUGCUUCUUUUGUUAAUCGGAGAUCCUAUUGUCCUCUUCUGUGUUUACAUUCGCCAACAAUGCUAUGUUGAAUCUUCAAAUGGACGUACGAAUGCGACCGUCGCCGAUUCCUUGCAGCACGCAAGCUCGCGGGUAAAGUAUAUACCCGGCUCAUGCGGACUCAUCCGGUGAAAAACAACUUGCUCGCUCGCUUGUUCAUUCGCUCGUUCGCGCGCGCGCGCGCGCGAUACUCAGCAUUGUCGCACGCGGCAUUGCCUCGUCGCCUUACGCGGACUCUCGUCGGCACGACAAUUGGUCGCCACGAAACUGGAAGCGAGGAUCUUGAACGUGCUCCCACGCACACCUGACGUCUGAAGUGUAAAUUGUAUUUGCUGCGACGUGACCUCCGAUACCUGAAAAAAAGUAUGACCUGAACUGAACAGGUAAACGAUUCUAAACUUCUCUCAGGAGUGCGAACUAAUAAUUCACAAUCUCGUCGCAUGAAAUAGAAUGAAUAACUUUUUACGCGACGGACAGAAAGAGAGAGAGGACAUCUGGAGAUAAUGAUCGUCCUGAAAUAACACAACGUGUAUGCAAAGAAGAAAAACCCUGUUGCCUUCUUUUAUCUUUCAACGAAUGAAACGGUAGCGUCUCCCGGAUGCUGAAAAAUCAGGUCUAUCAAAUUUGAUUUCUACCAAACAUGCUCGAGUUCUAAUAGAGCAUGAUGGAACAUUAUCGUUCGUUCGCGUAGACUAUUGCAUAAGAGUUUUUCGACUGAUGAGAACAUGGAGGACAUAAAAGUACCGAACCUAGGGCAGGCCGCGUCGGCCGCAUGUUCCAUGGCAACUAAUUUCCUAGCGCCGGUAAAGACCGAGCGUCAGAUCUACGAAAAUUCGAUGCUCGAGGAUGAUCCCAAUGCCAACUCGGUGGUACCGACCUCGCAAGAGGACAGAACCGUGCCCAGAUGGGGCCCUAAUCAUAAAGGUGCCCAGGAACUUGCAAAUCUAUAUAGUACAGGCAAGAGAACACAAGAAUGUAUCUGUGUGGGGAUCUGUAUCACUCUCAUAGCCGUGAAUUCCAUAUUCGUGCUCAUCAGGUUACGACUGGAAAAUUUUAGUUCCAUAGCAAUAGCUGCUCUGUGUGGUAUCAUCACGGCCGACUUUGGCUCGGGUUUAGUUCAUUGGGCCGCGGAUACCUGGGGAUCCGUCGAACUUCCGAUUUUGGGGAAGAAUUUUCUACGACCAUUUCGUGAACAUCAUAUAGAUCCUACCAGUAUAACGAGACAUGAUUUCAUAGAGACUAACGGCGACAAUUUCAUGGUCGCGAUACCAGUCUUAUCUAAACUUACUUGGGACUUUCUCACGUUGCCCGAAGUAGAAAUGCAACAGAAAUUCGUAUGGACAUGCUAUUGGUUUCUACUUGCCAUUUUUGUAGCAAUGACUAAUCAGAUUCAUAAAUGGUCGCAUACAUACUUUGGAUUACCUGCUUGGGUUAUUUGGCUUCAAGAGCAUAGGAUCAUCUUGCCAAGGAAGCAUCACCGGGUGCACCACGUUGCGCCCCAUGAGACUUAUUUUUGCAUCACUACAGGGUGGCUGAACUGGCCUCUAGAGAAACUCCAAUUUUGGUACAUUUUGGAGGUGAUAAUCGAGUGGGCUACCGGUUGCAAACCAAGAGCUGAUGAUCUGAAAUGGGCACAAAAACGUUCUUGA